AUGUCUCUUUCGAGUUGGGUUCUUCCUAUGGUCGUCAAAAUCCUCAGAGAGUAUAUUCGACCCGAGUCCGAGAUUGAAACCCUGCAUCCUGCUUCUUGCAUGCAUCCCCCCGAGGAAAAAUUCAAUGGGUCCAAUAUUGCCUUCCAUUUACUUCGCCCUAUUUUGGCUGCUUCGUUUGAUCCAGAAGAUGAUCUAUAUCGGUUAUCCAGCCCAUUGGUAGUCGCCGCACUGUCACACAGUCAACGUAACCUCUCCAGAGGAUCGUCCCAACCCAAGGAUAUGACCUUAUUGUCCGAGUCAGUAAAUGCGCUAUAUGACUACCAAUUCGAGGUAGCUCCCUGUGCGGCGGUAUUCUGGUUUGGCCUAUUCGAGCUAUCUUCUGAUCCCGAUCAAUAUCAUUGCACGGGUAUUGGUGAAGAGAAUGGCCAUGGUGGCCAGCUUUUAAAAACGAGCCAUUAUGCUGUUCAUGGGGUUUCUCAUAUCUAUGAUACUCUCCUCUCAAAAGACAUCAUUGAUAACAACAUCGUGGCCCACCUCAAAUCUCUUGACUGUGUCUUCGAGGGUGCGGGAAUCAACACUCCACCUGUACCUUUCUACGUUUUUGUGCUCGAGGUGCACUGUCGUGGAUGGCUCUAUAUCAAGGGCCUGUCACCUCAAUGCGCAAAGAUGCUCUCACGCUACACGUUUCCGCGGCUUUCUGCCGAUCUGUUAGCAUACCUACAGACUCGUGAUGUAUUAACAGAUCUUACAGGAGCAGCUAGCAGCAAGGGCCAUACAAUGCAGUUUUUCGCAAUUUGCCAGUUAUGGCUUUUUUACACACUCUAUCUCGACUCUCCAUCCGUUCAAGACUCAAUCAAGGACAAGUUGGCUACCGAGCUUGGCAAGUACCGGCGAUCUGAACACACUCGGGAGGCAUUUGAGGAUAUCGGGAAAAUUUGGGAAGGAGCAUAG